AUGCCCGCUGAUCAUGAGCCUGCUUUAGCCGGCCCUUUACCUAUGCACGACCCUAUUCCUGAUGAUGUACCAGUCAUUGCACCACCCGUUGUUGAUGCUCCUGUAGUUGCACCACCAGUUGUUGAUGUUCCAGUCGUUGCACCACCAGUUGUUGAUGUUCCUGUUGUUGUUGCACCUCUGCCCGACCCGGCCCCUGUGUUUGUGGACCGUGCUCCAUUUGCUACACACGUUGAUCCUAGAUAUGCCGACACCCGUAACGGGUGGAUUGAGGAUGACGAUGAUUAUCCUCCUUUUGUUCGAUCAGUCACUCCCCCUGCUGCACCUAUUUUUGCACCCGUUGAUGUCCCACAGUUUCACCUGCACGUGUCAGACGUUCAUCGUACUGAUUUACCUGUCACUUUUCUUCAGGACAUUCCUCCUCCCCGUCAGGGGAAGGACCUUCUACUCAGCAGCACGAUCACAUACCACCUAUGA